UGGUGGCCGGCUGACUGACUGGCUAGCGCGUUGAUUUGUUAGCUGAUUGAACGCUUCGUGGUCGUCUUUAUUGUUGCAGCUCUAGCUUGUUGAGUGCUUGCUUGCUUGCUGAUCGCUGUUAGCGCUUUAUUAUAAUACCGAGCGUAUGCCGUCUUCGACCAUUCAGUGUACGUUAUUCCGGCGCACGGUUAAGACGGUUGGAAUAUUUUUGAAAUUUGAAUUUCGACCAAAACAAAGCGGUUCCGUUUAGACGAGUUGUUUCUUGUGUGUUUCACUUACGUUCGUUCGUUACAUAUAGUGCGGAAUGUGUUUAAUACAAAAAGAGACUUUCUGAGCAAUAAUAAUAAUAAAUUAUUGCUAACUAAGCAUUUAGUUGUGCCAAUAAACAAUUAAAAUAAAUAAAAUAAAAUAAAAUAAAGUGAAGCGUCAAAACUUGUUAAACAAAUUACUACACACGUUUGAAGUAUAAAUUUUAUAAGUUUAUAUAAAUAAAAACAACAACAAAUAAACUAUAUAAUUAAUUAAAUUUAUCUAACGUGUUUUGUGUUGAAUCCAUAUCAACGGUCCGGUGACUAAAGCCGAAGGCGCACUUCUGUCUCGCGAACAGAAUAGAAGCCAGUAAAACAGAAAAUCCUAACGAAAAUUAAGAAAAAAAAAUAACGUUGAUCCACACAACUUAUAACCUGUUUUCUUUCGAAACACUUCUUUCACUCAACAAGUUUUCGCUAUUUCCACUACUUAUUUCGUACACACUAACAAACAAUUUCAAAAACACACACCAACAAUAACAACAAGAGCAGCUGUAAAUACGAGUAACGUGAAAUCAAUAAGGAAACGAAGGCAGCUACUCAAAUUGGUUUCAACAAGCACGCGAUCUCUACAAAAAACUGUCUACGAUUGCUUACAAGACGCUCGAGUCUCUGCCCGAAUCAGCAACGAACGAUCUGCAGCACGAGACACGCCCACAAAAUCAACACGAAAAUGUAAACCAAACGUUGGCCGAGCUAAUCGCUGUAUUACCCACGGAACCUACGCCAUAUAAAUUAAUAAAAAUUUAUAACAUUUCCAAAAAGAAUUUAGUAUUUAUAUUUUUUUUUUUAAUUAUUGAUAACAAAUUUUGUUAAUUCUGAAAAAAAAAAAAACAAACAAACAAACUGUGUGUGAUAUUAUGUUUUCAUUUGUAAAUUAGUAUUAAUUUUUUAAAAAGUAAACAAAGAAUAUAGAAACCAAAGCGCCAAAAAAAUAUGUAAACAAUCAAAUACUUACAAAAAAAAAAAAACAAAUAUAUUUUUGUAAAUUUUGUAAAAAAAAAACACAAAAAUAGUUUCCAAUAAUUGGCGUUUUAAGUUUCGUUUGUACGCUUAAAUAUUUAGUACACAAAACCAUAUAGCAGCUUUAGAUUUUUAGCAAAAUUAAAAUUAAUUUAUUAAAAAAAAUAUUUGCCACUGUGUUGUAGUUAAUUUAAAUCGAUAAAAAAAAAGAUUACAAAUUAUUGAAAUUAAUUUAAUUAUAUUAAUUAAAUUUAGUUUUCAAGCAAGUUAGCACAAAUCAUAUUUGCGCUUACGAAAAUGUGAAGAGAUUUCAAUUCUUGCCUAGAAAGAUACACACAGAUUUUAGUAGCACAUUUACGCUAAGUAAAAAGUAAAAGUAUUCCAAUUAUAAAAUUUUUAAAACUAACUUAAAUAAAUAAAUAAAUAACAACAAUACAAAAUGCCGUCGCCGAGCAAGAAGCAAUCACAGCCGCAUUUGUCUUUAAUGACCAACAGCAGUGAUGAUUAUCUGAAAUUGGCCGAUGAUGCCGGCAUCAGUAAUGAAGGUUUUCAAGCGCCGCCAACACCACAAACGGCAACAACAAAUAUCUGCGAUAGCAUGGAAUUCAUAUCCACCACACCAGAUACAAUGAACACCAAACACACCAACAACAACAACAACACUGAUGAAUUAGUUUUAAGAAAUAACAGCAACAACAACAGCAAAAUCCAAAAUAAUAUCAAUAAUAAAAACAAUAAAAAUGACAACAACACACCAUACUACACGAGUAACAAUGGCGUACCACAUGGACACUAUCGUUAUACAUUGCCAUUGUCACUCACGGCGCCAUUGCCACAACCCUUGCCACCAACAAUAGCACCACAAAAGCAACAAUUACAAAAAGAUCAACAACAGGAUGAUAAAUAUAGAUUAUAUACAAUUUAUGGAAAUGACACCGACAAUGACAAGUUGUCCGGUCUCCCACAAUCGACGACUGGUUCACUAAGCUCAAUCAUCACGACGUCUAUAGCAUCCUCAGAACCAGAUCCUGGCACGGGUGGUGGUGGUCGUGGUAGCGGAGGCGGCGGCGGUGGCGGUCAUGGCGGCAGUGGCAUUGGUGCAUUAGACGCGACCAGUAUUGCCGGUGUGCCUGGUAGCAGUGAUGAGAAGUUGGCAUUAAAUCGACCGGGUAUUAAGCAGGAGAAAUGGUCAUCAAUAUUGUUGCAAGUGUCGAUACCGUUCUUUUUGGCUGGUGUUGGCACAAUCGGUGCGGGUAUUGUGCUCGGGCGUGUAGAGAAAUGGCGUGUUUUCAAAGAGAUCACCGAACUAUUCAUUCUCGUGCCGUCACUACUCGGCCUCAAGGGCAAUCUCGAUAUGUGCCUCGCAUCACGUCUCUCCACACAGGUCAAUUUGGGUAAUAUGACCUCACGCAAGGAAGUCAUCCGUAUGAUUGUCGGCAAUAUAGCGUUGGUGCAAGUGCAGGCGACGGUGGCAUCCUUUUUGGUCGCAAUGUUUGCCAUUGUUGUUGGUGCGGCAAUGGAUGGUACAUUCUUUUUUGAACAUGUUAUGCUGCUGAUAGCGUCCGCUAUGUUUACGGCGACCUCAUCGUGCUUUGUUUUAGAUUUUGUAUUAGUGGCUGUGAUAUUAUUGUCUGAGAAAUUUCAUUUAAAUCCUGAUAACUUGGCAACACCGUUAGCGGCAUCUAUCGGUGAUGUCGUUUCAAUAAGCAUACUUUCCUUCAUUGCUUCAAUACUAUUCGAUCACAUAAAAACCCAUUUAUGGAUCACAUUUGUUGUAGUCGCUUGCUAUUUAGUGCUUUUACCUAUGUGGGUUGCCAUUGUGCUCAAAAAUAAAUAUACUCGUCCGGUAUUGAAGAGUGGCUGGGUGCCGGUACUAUCUGCGCUGUGUAUAAGUGGUCUCGGCGGUCUUGUGCUCGAUGCCUCUGUCGAAAUAUUCAAUGGCUUCGUUGUGUUUCAACCGAUUAUCAACGGUAUUGGUGGCAAUUUGGUGUCGGUGCAAGCGAGUAAAAUCUCAACAAUGCUACAUCAGAGCUCAAUUAUUGGCAUUAUACCACCGCAUACGAAGAUCUUCGAAUGGCCAUGGAAAGCGCUAUUCAAAGGAGUUCCAUAUGCUAAAACGGCGCGCAUACUCCUCGGUAUGUCAAUUCCCGGCAAUAUUGUAUUCGUGUUUGUUGCCGAUUAUAUACACAUGUCCACGACCACGGUUACCGUUGCUUUCGUUAUAUCAUUUUUGAUGGCGAGUUUAAUUCAGGUUAUGCUACUGCUGUAUAUUGCACACGUUAUUGUGCAUGCAAUGUGGAAAUGGAAGAUCGAUCCUGACAACUCAUCGAUUCCUUAUCUAACGGCGCUGGGCGAUUUGCUGGGUUCAAGCUUAUUAGCGCUGUCUUUCCUCUUCUUACUUUCGAUUAAUCAAGAAUACGGCACCGAACUGAAUGAGCUCAAUGCCUCGAACUGAAAUUUGGAAAUGCGCCCCAAAUAAAUUAUGUAUGUUAAUAAAGGAGAGGGGUGUGAGGCUUCAACGUUUACAGUGAAACAAAUAAAAAAUACAAAAACAAAAAUAAACGAAAGGCUUUAAAGUGAUAAAAUAAGGAUUAUUGAAAAGAAGAAGAAGAAGCACGAACAGUUUCCCAAACCGCGGCUUGGUACAGCAGCAACAAAGUAUGCAUGUGUAUUUAACUACCCAACCUUCAGUACGUACCUAAAGAGCAUUAAUUUAUUUUUUUAAGUCAAGUGAAGCCAUAAAUAAUAACAUUAUAAAAUAUUGCAAAAUAAAAUAACAUAAAAGCGUUGAAAAACGAUGAUUUUUAUAUUAGUAUGUAUGUGUAUUUAUGUUAUGUAAAAAGUUAUUAAAUAUUAUUUAUAAUUUUAAAACGAAACGAAGUGAAAUGUUGGAGUUAGAAUAAAAUACGAUAACGAAAGGGGUACAAAAAUGAAACAACAAUUGUAGUGCGACUAUUUGUAAUAACUGUAAAACAUAUAUAUGUAUUAAAGCAAACGAUUUAUAAAGUGAAUAUUAAAAAACGUAAAACAAUUGGCAAGGCAAUUAUGCGUGUAUAUACGAGUAUGUUAAACGAAUUAUGCGUGAAUUUAUGUUAAUGAAAAAAAAAAUUAAAUUAAAUUAAAAAAUAUUUCAAAUUGUAGUAAUGAAAUUUGCUGGUAUUCAAAAUGUCACGCCUAUAACACACAAACCAAAACAUAUGUAUUGUAUUCAAUUGUGAAAAGACUUGCAUACAGAUAGUAUUAAACACAUACAUAUAUGUAUAUUUGUAUAUGCUUGCACCUGCAUGUCUGUAUAUAUGGGCGGUGUGAAGUAUGUAUGUAUGUAUAUGCCGCAAAUGCAAUUAUAAACACGUUUACUCGUUGGCGGUUUACAAGAAUAAUACAAUAAUAUUGUUAAUAAUUAUAUGCGUAAACACAUAAUUAAUUAGUACACAGAAGAAGUGUCAUAAAAAUUAAAAUAAAUUAAUAACCAAAUAUUCAACAAUAAGCAUAAUAUAUGUAUGUAUGUAAAUGCAACAUAUGUGGAAUUAUUAUUAACGUGCUGCAGUGAGAUUUUUUUAAUAAUGAUGCGUAAACUAGCUUGAGUUUGUUUAGUUCAAAUAAUACAAUAAAGUCAAAUAAAUAAGUACUUAGUUCAUUACACCUUGUUAAAAUGCAAAAAUGAAAAAUAAUAAAAAUUAUAAUAUACAUAAAACAACUCAAUUAUUACAUAAUAAGUAAAGCAAGUGAGAUACAAACAGACGGUGUAGUAAUUAAAAGGCUUUAAAUUGUUUGUGUCUAUAUUUAUGUAUUAUUAGUUUUUUUUAUUUCAUAUUACAAUCAUUUCUUACUUAUUAUUACUUAUACACAUUGGCCCUAAACCACCGUUUAAAGAAAAAUGCUUGUUGGUAAUAAUUUAAUUAAAAAUAAAUUUAAGUUUAUUUAGCAUAUGCAAAAAGAAAAAAAACUAUUGUACAACAAAAAAAAAGAAACAGAUUUAAUUUUUAUAAGUCUGCGCCAAGUUUUUGUUUGUAUGUUUCAAAAAUUCUAUUGUAAUGCUCAUUUCAAGAAUUUACACAUACAAUUAUAAUUGUUUUAAUUUAAUUAAUAGGCAGCAUGCGAUAGUUAACAAUUUAUAGUGUAAAUAAAAUAGUAUAAAGAAGUAUUUAUGUUCCAAAACGUUUACCGUUAUAUAAUUACACAGUUUAAUAUUAUUAUUUAUAUAACUGUAAUUUGCUGUGUUGAAUUUUUAAUAGCAACUUUUAUUGUAAAAGCUGUUCUAAUGUUCCCAUACUUAAUUCUACAUAUUAUGUACCUAGUAACUUAAUUUAUAUUUUUAGUUUUAAUUUAAUCAAAAUGGCAUUCGAGUUGUAUUUAAACGUGUACAUGCAAUCGCGUGCAGGUUUUUAUGGGAAAUGUGAUCGAUAUUAAUUAAUUAAUUUUAAAAUAGUUAUUGUAAAUUGUGUAUGUAACUUUUUAAUUACGUUAUUUUAUGUAAUAGGUUUUUAUUUACAUAAGAAUUACGAGAAAAAUAAACUGUAAGUAAACAACCAAAUUAAAAACAAUAAUUGAAAUUGCAAAAUAAAAUGUUUUAAAAUAUGUA